AUGGAAUAUUUAAUGAAAUUAAAGAUAUUUCGAAGAAGUUAUUCCGUCGUUGAAUAUAAAGUAUCUCGAUUGCUUGAACCAAACAGUGAAGGAAUACGAAGUCGAAUAGAACUACUUGGUGAAUUAAUUUCAAGCAAAAAACUUGGUUCAAUACCUGAUGUAUACGAUCAGAUGAAAGAUAUUAUUGCAGUUACGGAACGAAAUGACCGUUUUCAAUCAGAUUCAGAUGGACUUCAACAACCUGAUGUGUUUCAUAGUGAAUUACGUGAAAGAGCUAUUGAACAAGUAUUGAGUGAUAUAGACUAUUAUUCAACUGUAUCAAGACCUGGUGAAAAAGUAAGUGAGAAUGAAUUGAGAGAUUGGGCUAAAUCAAUGGCUGAUCCAAACACUUACGGAGAUGAAAUGGCUAAUAUGGCUAUAGCUGAUCGAUAUCGUAUUCAAUUGGUUAUAUUUCGUGCAGGAGAAUUACUUACUGUUGUAGAUCCACGCGAUGGAAAUGUUGAACAUAGAGCAUGUCUCGUUAAUGUCGGUACACAUUAUAAGGCACUCUUACCUCGAUCCGAAUUGGAAAUGGCACGUAAAAAUUCUGAACGUCUCUCAAAACAAAAUUAG